GUCUCCUCCUCCUCCUCCUCCACCGCCACCACUCAAGCCUGCGCCGCCUGCAAGUACCAACGCCGCAAGUGCGUUCCCGACUGCAUCCUAGCCCCCUACUUCCCUCACCAUCGCCAACGCCAAUUCCUCAACGCUCACAAACUCUUCGGCGUUAGCAACAUCACCAAAAUCAUCAAAAACCUCGAUCCCUUCCAAAAGGAAGAGGCAAUGCGCACCAUUAUUUUCCAAUCCGACGUCCGAUCCCUCGAUCCUGUGGGCGGAUGUUACCGCAUCAUUCGUGACCUUCAGCGCCAGAUCCAGUACAGCAAAGCCGAACUCGAGAUCGUGCUUCAUCAAUUGGCGAUUUGUAAGCACCAGGCUGCUGCCUCUGUUUCUGCCGCUGCUGCGAUUCUGGACGCCGAUCAUCCUAUGAGUGGAAUCGAGCACCAAUUUGUGGAGGAAGGAUUUGUAAUUGGGGAAAAUGAAAAUGCGGAGAGUUUAGACGACGAAGCGGCGGAUGUUUGGGGGAUUCAGGCUUCCCAAAUCUCGCCCUGUUUUUCCUUCAAAUCCUCUGUUCAUGAUUUUGAUCAUAUCAAUAUUCAUUAUCAUCAUCAACAAUUCGUUAAGUUUCAUCCGGAUCAUCAUCAGUUUCUUCAUAAUAACAGUGAGGAAGAAGCAGGCAUGGUGGAAAUAGAUAAUGUGAUAUUGAAAGAAGAUUCAGAGCCAAUGCAAAAUGAUCAAGAUGGAGAGGUUGAAGGUGCAUACAAUUUGUGGGUCUUCUUCGUUUGUUUUUCGGAACUGUUCGGCUCUCGAGCUGUUACUCGUAGUACCCAUGUCGCUAAUUCUUAA